CUAUAAAUACCUUCGUUAAACAAAAACAGGCGCAGUUUAAUCGUGAAUUGUCUUGAGAAACUACUUUUGGCAUUUUUAUUGGUUUAAAUUGUCGAAAUCAUGACUAACUCGAAAAAUGACUUACUUCUUUUCUUCGAUCGACCGCGGGAGCCAUGUUUUCUACAGAAGGGGGAAAAUACGAUCUUCCAAUUGCCAGAGGAAUAUUACCCGGAGAAAUAUAAAAAACUUUCUGGCAUUAUAUCUAAUAGAUUCGGCAAAGGAAUUAAACGCGAGAUUCCUGUCCGUAAAAUCGCUUUGCCCAAUUUAGAAAUGCCCAUGGAGUUACCCUAUAACUCUCAGUUCUCAUUGUUCAUACCUAGACAUCGGCAGAUAGCGGGGAAACUGAUAGACAUUUUUAUCAAUAUGCGCAAUAUAGAAGAACUAAUAUCUAUAUGCUCCUAUUGCCAACUACGCAUCAACCCCUAUAUGUUCAACUACUGCCUCACUGUUGCUUUGUUGCACAGGCCUGAUACAAAAGGUUUGAGCAUCCCGACGUUGACACAGACAUUCCCCGAUAAGUUCGUCGACCCCAAGGUGUUCAACCGUAUGCGAACUGAUGCCAGUAUUAACGCGACUGGGCCAAGGAUGCCGGUUGUGAUUCCACGAAACUUUACAGCAUCUGAUGCAGAGCCGGAGCAGCGCUUGGCUUACUUCCGUGAAGACAUCGGCAUCAACCUACACCACUGGCACUGGCAUCUCGUCUACCCAGCUGAAUCUGCCAAUCGCGAAAUUGUUGCAAAGGACAGACGCGGGGAGUUACUCUACUACAUGCACCAACAGAUUAUUGCAAGAUACAACAUUGAACGUUUCUGCAACGAUCUACCUCGCGUCGUACCUUUUGGCGCCAAUUUAAGAGAGACUAUCAAAGAGGCAUACUUCCCCAAGCUCAACUCUGUAGUUUCUAGCCGCACAUGGCAACCAAGGUUCGAGAACUCAGUUAUGCAGGAUAUAGACAGACCCAUUGAAAGAAUCAAAUUAGAACUGUCAGAAAUGGAAAGAUGGAGAGAUCGCAUCCUUCAAGCCAUCGAUAGCAACUCCAUUCUUUUGCCAAAUGGGACACAAAUGCCACUUGACGAAGAGAAGGGCAUUGAUAUACUUGGUGAUUUGAUGGAGGCGUCAAUUCUUACUCCCAACCGCGCCUUCUACGGCGACUUCCACAACAUGGGGCACACUGUGAUGUCAUACAUUCAUGAUCCAGAUCAUCGUUACUUGGAACUAUUCGGUGUGAUGGGUGACCCAUCUACCACAAUGCGCGACCCGCUGUUCUACCGCUGGCACGGCUUUGUUGAUGACGUCUUCGUCUUGUAUAAAAACAAGCUGCCUCCUUACGCCAACGAUAAGCUGGACUUUCCGGGUAUUCGCGUGUCUUCUUUAUCAGUUGAAGGCAAGGCUGGUAAGAAUACAUUCGCAACCCAGUGGGAGCAGAGUACGGUGGAGCUGGGACGCGGCAUGGACUUUUUCCCACGUGGGAGUGUACUGGCGACUUUCACUCAUCUACAACACGAUGAAUUCGACUACGUAAUUGAAGUGGACAAUUCAUCUGGUAAAAAGGCUAUGGGAACCGUGCGCAUUUUCUUAGCGCCAAUUACUGAUGACAAAGGAAAUAAACUGGCGUUCAACGAUCAGAGGAAACUCAUGAUUGAAUUGGACAAAUUCUCUCAAGACUUGGCUCCUGGAAAGAAUACAAUUCGUCGUGCAAGCAUAGAGUCAUCAGUGACUAUACCAUACGAACGAACAUUCAUGGAUCAGACUAAAAGACCUGGAGAUCCUGGCACCAAACAGGCAGCGGAGUUCGACUUCUGCGGCUGCGGUUGGCCCCACCAUAUGCUGCUGCCGAAGGGAACACAGCAGGGAUACCCUAUGAUACUGUUUGUUAUGGUGUCCAACUGGGCUGAUGAUGCUGUUAUACAAGAUCUGGUUGGUACCUGCAAAGACGCGGCAUCGUACUGCGGCAUCCGAGACCGCAAGUACCCAGACAAGCGCGCUAUGGGCUUCCCCUUCGACAGGCCUGUGCCUGCAGGAGUGCAGACUGUCAAGGACUUCUUGAGGCCCAACAUGGCGGUUACUGAUUGCAAGAUACGCUUCACUGACACAGUCAGAGUCAGAGGAGCGAAAUAAAUUCUAUGUUUUUAUUAAACGUACAUAAUAAA